CGUACGGUAGUACUUGAGAUAGAGACUGGGUGACUGGGAAGUGUAUCACUUUAAAGCGAUACUGGUUGUGUGGAGUGUUUUGUAGAAAUGGCCGGAAUUAAAGCCCUAAUUAGCCUGUCCUUUGGUGGCGCUAUUGGACUUAUGUUUCUUAUGCUUGGAUGUGCCCUACCUGUGUACAACAAAUACUGGCCAUUGUUUGUUCUUUUCUUUUAUAUCCUUUCUCCAAUCCCAUACUGCAUUGCAAGAAGAGUAGUGGAUGACACGGACGCUGCAAGCAAUGCUUGUAAAGAAUUGGCCAUUUUUCUUACAACAGGCAUAGUUGUGUCUGCCUUUGGAUUACCCAUAGUCUUUGCCAGAGCGACUCUGAUUGAGUGGGGAGCCUGUGCACUUGUGUUAACGGGCAACACUGUAAUCUUUGGAACCAUCCUGGGAUUUUUCUUGGUAUUUGGGAGCAAUGAUGAUUUCAGUUGGCAACAGUGGUAAAAGUAAAAAUAUGGUCAUGUCUUAGAGGAAUUCAAAAAAAUUAGGAACAGCCAUCCAUUCAGAAAACAAAAACUGCAAUAAACUGAAGUAUCAGAACUGUCAUAAAGUUCUGAUGAUCAGUUUUUUCCCUUCUGAUUUAUUUAGUCUUAAUCCAUUUUCACAGUCAGUUCCCUUGGAUGUAAACAAUACAUAAGGGGUGGGAAUCCAGAAUGUGACAUCCAAUUUCUUAAAUAGCAUGUCUAGCUAGUUUAAACAAGCUGUUAAUAUUGUAUACCUGCCUAAAUAGUCAUAGUAACCUCAUUUUAAGAAGCAACAUUCAUAUUAUGAAUCUUGAAGUAGCGGAUGUUACAGUGACCAUUUUCAUGAGGUAUAUUUAAAGCCUGAUAAAGCACAAAUUCCAAACUGUCCUAAACCUCCAGGUUCAUAACACUGUUAAAUUAUAUUUUGUAAACCUAUAUUUGUGGUGGUCGAGUGGUGUGUGCAAUUAUUCAGUAAAUAUUGCACAUUUCUGCCAGCUGUAAUAAUAAGUGCAAACCAUAUGUAAACUGUCAUUUAUCAUAGUGUACAUCAUAUAUAGUACCAGGGCUGAUCUGGGGAUAGCAUUAUAUAAUUGAACAGUUUAUUUAUUUUUUGCUUAAUUGGUACUUGGGAUUGCUGUACCAUAAUUAAAACUGAACCCUAGGUUAAGCAAGCUUUUUAUUAUUAUAUAUAUAUAUAUAUAUAUAUAU